AUGCGAGCCGUCGAGCUGAAUAUCACACGCUGGCUGGCUGCUAGCCCAAACGGACGCCUGCUUGGGGAGCUGCGGCGUCAGGAAUCGUUCAAAUACGAAUUUGACAACAUAAGAUUGCUCUACAGGGUCAAAUCUUCCAAUUUAUUCACCAAAAAGUUGGCUUUCAGCAAAGGUAACUUCUACUUUGCCGACAUUCCAGGCUCGCAAUGUAACAUAUGGGAGGCUGCAAUUCCACUUCGAGACUCUGUUGGAGACGACACCAGCGAGAGCAUCGCCAUGUCACCUAUCGAGGCAGCUCCCUCUGAUUCAAAAUCAAGAUUACUACUAUAG